AUGGCCGUGACCAUGACGAAGAAUUUCCGCAAUUCAAACGAGUGCGACCCCAAACGCCCGCUAUUCAUCUACAAGGAGCCAACAUUGCUUGAAAUUUUUUUCGAUCUCUUCUUCGCCGCAAAUUAUAAUGUCUUCUCUGACAAUCAGCAAGUCACCAACCAUGCAAAGUUCAAAGCAUUGGUCGGGUAUUUCUGCCUCCUGUGGCUCACAUGGUUCCUUGUAGCGCUUUUUGAUGUCCGCUACAUCACGGACAGUGUCUUUGCCCGAGUUACCAGGGCCGUGCAGCUUGGUGUGUUGGUUGGCUUUGCGGUUGUUGUCCCCAAGUUCGACCCCACGGACCAGCACCACGAUACGAUGCGCGCCAUGUCAAUUAUUCUUAUGGUGUCGCGAGCAUGCCUGACAAUCGAGUACGCUAGCACGCUAUGGCAUGUGAGAAAGUGCAAGAAAACUUCACUUUUGUAUCUACAGGUUGCACUUCAUGCUGCGGCCUCAGCUGUCUACCUCGGGAUCACCUUUGGUUUCAAGCAAGGGGCUGGGAGUCGGAUAUAUAUGACCUGGUACUUCAUCUCAGGUGCCGAGGCGAUCGGCAGCAUCAUUCUUUCCAACCUCACUCCAGUCCUCGCUCUCACCCAGACCCAUCUCAUGAAGCGGAUGACUCUCUUGACUGUCAUGAUCAUGGGUGAUGGCAUGAUCCAGGUGGCUAAAGACGUUGUGACGAUCGUAAAGAACCCAGGUGCCUGGGAUUCGAGAACCAUCAGUCUUCUUACGGCGUCGGUUGCGACAAUCUAUUUCAUCCUAUUGAUCUACUUCGACUGGAUGAGAUCUACCUUCUACUUGCCUCCCCUUCGGCAGCAGUUUUGGGCAUCUCUCCACCUCCCAUUUCACCUCGCUCUCGUUUUGUUUAUGCAGGCCUUCACACAGUACCUCAUCUGGUCCAAGAUUGUGACACAGUAUAAUCGCGUCCUCGACAUUUCCAGCCUGUCUCACGACGACCCCGACGCUAAUGUGACAUCAACCGGUGCAGCCAUCCGCGACGGCUUGAACGCAUCAAUCCAACUGUUCUUUACGGACUACCCCCCAAGGAUUGCCGGCACCUUGGAUACAGUAAACAAUGCGCUUAACAAUAUUACCAAAAUUCCAGAAAGCGUCUGGGGCCAGAUCCUCAACUCAUCAGGUUUUAACCUGGAUCCGCCGAGCAACCUCCCGGACGUACAGGAAUGGACGUCAAUGUUAACAAGUGCAAUUCGCAUUCUGUUCCUUUCAAUGGCCAAUGCCCUUUUUGCUGCAUUUGGAAUCAACCUUGACAGCGACAUUGCCGACAAAGAACCCAAUAAGGACGUCAAAGGAGGCGGGUACCAGAAACUUGUUCACGAUAAAACAUGGGGUCGUUACAGGUUGGUGUUUGCUUACGGGUAUAUUGCCGCUGGCUGCACCAUCUUCUUCAUGACCGUCCUGGCCAUCGUCUCUCGGACGACACAUCUCAAGAUCUGGCCGAUCACACGCUUUGCCAUUAUUCUUCUCCUGGCGCUCGGUACGGGGCUGGUCUCCGUCAUCUGGUUCAGUGGCGACACUCUGCAAAUGUUCUUAGCGAGCGCUUGGGUGAUCCCUACCAUCACGUUCGUUUGGGCCAUCAUAUUGAUAGCGACGCACAUCAAUGGUGAGAGUGCUGAACGCAACGCUGUCCGCUUCACGCGGGGCCAAAGUGGAAAUUCACCGCAUACGCCUCCCCAAGCUCUCAUACAGUCCCUACCGGAAUCGGGCCACAGAGACAAGUACGCCGCAGAUGCCCACGAUGCCGAGGCCCAACAUCGCCCGCAAUCGAGGAAGCAUCGGAUGUUGCCGGACCCGAGGAACGACAGACAAGGCGCGGCGCCGACGAUCGCACCGGGGUUCGGAAUGAUGGACCCGAGACCCCGCUCGAGCUACGAUCUGUCAGGCGACGAGGAAAUUGUUAUGAAGUGCGGGCUGUAG